UUGUAAGAAAUUUGUCUAAGACUCAUUUCCUCCAACUUUCUCUCUCCUGAAAAGUCUCCGGAAAAAAGUUCAAGUUCAUGGCUUCUAGUACAGUUGUGAAUAAGGGAUGGGUGUACUCGGAGUACGGAAAAUCUGGGGAAGUGUUGAAGUUUGAAGAGAAUGUAGGAGUUCCUGAUUUGAAGGAAGAUCAGGUGCUGAUCAAGGUUGCAGCCGCAGCCCUCAAUCCGGUUGAUUUCAAGAGGAUGCUUGGCUGGUUCAAAUCCACUGACACUUCUCCUCCUGUGGUUCCAGGAUACGAUGUUGCCGGUGUGGUGAAAAAGGUCGGAAGCCAAGUGACAAAGUUUAAGGUUGGAGACGAGGUUUAUGGUGAUAUCAAUGUGAAAUCUGUGCAAAAGCCGAAAAAAAUUGGUACUUUGGCUGAAUACACUGCUGCAGAAGAGAAAGUAUUAGCUUUGAAGCCGAAGAAUCUGAGUUUUGUUGAAGCUGCUAGCCUUCCACUUGCUCUUGAAACUGCAUAUGGAGGCCUUGAACUUGCUCGAUUUUCCGCCGGUAAAUCUAUUCUUGUUCUUGGAGGUGCCGGCGGAGUUGGGACCUUGGUUAUUCAGUUAACAAAACACGUUUUCGGGGUGUCUAAAGUGGCAGCCACUGCAAGCACUGGAAAGUUGGAGUUACUGAGGAGUUUGGGAGCUGAUUUGGCCAUUGAUUACACAAAGGAGAAUUUUGAAGAGCUUCCAGAGAAAUUUGAUGUCGUAUAUGAUACAGUUGGACAAUCUGAGAGAGCUGUGAAAGCCGUGAAAGAAGGCGGGGAAGUUGUGACAAUAGCACCUGUUGCGUCUGUGGCUCCACAAGCGAAGCUCUAUUCUGUCGUUUCAAGUGGGUCUGUACUUGAGAAGCUGAAACCUGAUUUAGAGAGUGGAAAGGUGAAGGCAGUGAUUGAUCCAAAAGGUCCAUUUCCAUUCUCUAAGACAGUUGAAGCAUUUUCCUACCUUGAAACUGGCAGAGCCACUGGAAAAGUCGUAGUGUAUCCCAUUCCAUGAGUGCCUACAAAGCAAUCACCUUGGCUUUCUAUUAAUUAGCAACCAUAUAUAUUGCUAUGUCAUGACGUGUAUUUAAUAAUUUUAUACCGUACUAUACUUGCCAGAAAUAACAAAGGUUUGUGUAGAAAAAUAAAUAAAUA